AUGGCGUCCACACGUUCUUUGAUGCGCCUGGGCACUGGACGCUCUGUGGCCUCUGCCACGCGCUCCAUGGCCCCUCGCACCUUUUCUUCGACUGCUCUGCAGUCGGCUCCCAAGGCGUCAACACAUCCGGGCUCACCGGAGCCCGAAAACAUGCGCCAGGCGCAGCGGCCGCCCCAGGGACCCCUGCGUGCCCCGGUCGUCAACCCUACCGACAAGUACCAGGCCAAGGCCGACAGUCUGCACACCUAUGGCCAAUACAUCAUGUCCUGUCUACCCAAGUACAUCCAGCAGUUUACUGUGUGGAAGGACGAGCUUACCGUGUACACGGCCCCGGCCGGCGUGGUGCCGGUGAUGAGCUUCCUCAAGAACCACACCGCCGCCGAGUUCACGCAAAUCUCCGACAUCACCGGUGUCGACUUUCCCACCCGUGACCAGCGUUUCGAGGUUGUGUACAACAUGCUGAGUGUUCGAUACAACUCUCGCAUCCGUGUCAAGACCUAUGCCGACGAAGCCACCCCCGUGCCUAGCGUGACGGGUUUGUUCGAGGGUGCCCUGUGGUACGAGCGUGAGGUCUACGACAUGUUUGGUGUUUUCUUCUCUGGCCACCCGGAUCUCCGUCGCAUUAUGACCGACUACGGUUUCGAUGGCCACCCACUUCGCAAGGACUUCCCCCUGACCGGUUACACCGAGCUGCGGUACGAUGAGGAGAAGAAGCGCAUCGUCAUCGAACCGCUUGAGCUUACCCAGGCUUUCCGUAACUUCGAGAGCGGUUCAACAGCAUGGGAGCCUGUUGGUGCGGGCCAGAACCGUACGCCCGAGUCGUUCAAGUUCCCCACUCCCAAGCCCGAGGAGAAGGAGGAAGAAAAGAAAUAG